AUGAAUGGACCUGCGACCUUUCAACGAAUUGUAAACAAUACGCUGGGUCAAUUACAAUGGGACUGCUACACUUCAUUUACAUUCACAAUCCAAGCGGAUGCGUCAAAUAUUGGCAUCGGGGCUGUUCUGUUGCAACUAACACAAGAUGGAGAGAAGCCAGUGGCCUAUAUAUCAAAAGAUUUAAACAAGCAACAACAGAAUUGGUCAACUACGGAGAGAGAAUGUUUUGCAAUUGUUCAAGCAGUGAAGAAAUGGGAUUCGUACAUUUCCGGACAAGAAUUUAUUAUUACCACGGAUCAUCAUCCUUUAUGUUAG